GAACUACAAAUCCCGGCAUCCAUAGCGCGGCCUGACAGCCAAUCCGCGUUGGGGGAAUUUUUUUUUCACUGGCCCUGCCGGGGCGCGCGGGCGGCUUUUGUGUGAGGAGGAAGCGGGCUGUGGUGACCCGGACACACCCGUACCAAUUGAAACGCACCAGGGGGGAGGGAGGGGGAGCUGGCAAUUCGGGAUCGCACGCCCGGAAGGCUCGCACGACGCGAGAAAACCCCUUCAACGGCGGCCUGGAACAAUAAAGCACCCGGAUAUCACCCGCGACACCCGAAAUUCGAGCGAGCAUCCGGAACGCAGCCACAGUUGAGCGGAUAUCCAUCGGAUACGUGUCCGCGCCGCACGGUGUGACAUCACCCGGAGGUUUAAGAACAAAAACACCCGAAUAAAAGAACAGCCGCCAUUUUCCUGUCGCCCCCCCCAGGCCGGGCUCACCCGAGAGCAGCUACGUGCCAGCUGUGAACACGCCCGCAUUAUUUACUCUCGGAGGGGGUUAUCCCCCGGAUAUUACGUCACACACCCGAUUUUCUUGGCGCCCCUCCUCUUUACGGUCACCCGCGGGUUCCUGUCGCUGAGUCGGAGACACCGUGAUCUAGAAUGGAACAAGCUGAAGGCCCUAUGAGAGAAAGGGAAAGCUGAUGAUGCCUGAGCACGACAAUGGAUUUCUCCUUCUCUUUCAUGCAAGGGAUCAUGGGAAACACAAUCCAGCAACCCCCUCAACUCAUCGACUCCGCCAACAACCGGCAGGAUGAUGCCAACAGCAGUGAUCAGGCUGACGAGGGCGGUCAUACGCCCUAUGAUUCUGGCCUGCAGCCGGACUUCCAGUACCCCACUCCAACCACAGAGGAGCUGCCACCCCUCACCAACGGCUACCAGUCCUCACUGGGGUAUGAUACACAGGUCAAAUAUCCAGCCUAUUCUCAGUUCCCCAAUGGGUCAGCCAAUGGGUACGGCACCAGGAACUACAGCACUCUGGAGUACUACCACCACUUGGAAACUGCAGCCAUGCGGCCUCAUGAGGGAGUAGUUAAAUCCUCCCCUCCUCAACCCACCUCCCCUCCAACUCUUCUCCAACCUCCUCCAUCCUCAACAGUUAUUGCUCAAAAGAAGACUGGCUCUCCUGAGAUCAAACUGAGGAUUACAAAGACUAUUCAAAAUGGUCGGGAGAUGUUUGAGUCCUCACUAUGUGGGGAUCUCCUUCAUGAAGUUCAAGCCAAUGAAAGCACCCGGAAAAAGCAUGAGAGGAGGAGAGAAAGGAAGGAGAAGAGGAAGAAGAGCAGUCGGCAUCAUCAUCAUCACCACCACCACCGUGAGGAGGUGAAAGUCGAUGAGCCACUGCCACACAAGAUACAAAAGUUGGUGCCUCAGGAGGAGGAGAUUAUUGAGCAGCACUUGCCCAUCUCCCCGCUCCCCUCUGAGGUUAGGACUGUGACCUGGUUUCAAGUUGGUGAUUUGGUUUGGUCUAAAGUGGCAUCUUAUCCAUGGUGGCCCUGUAUGGUGUCCUGUGACCCGCAACUUCACGUCCACAGCAAAAUCAAUGCCAGAGGUGCUCGCGAAUACCAUGUGCAAUUUUUUAGCAAUGAGCCGGAGAGAGCCUGGAUACACGAGAAGCGCAUACGGGAAUACCGGGGGCAGAAGCAGUUCGAGCAGCUGGUGGCUGAAGACAAUGCCAAAGUAGUUAACCAAUCAGAGAAACUGAAGAUGCGGAAGCCUCGGCCUCAGAAGGAGCGCAUACAGUGGGAGAUUGGCAUCGCCCAUGCUGAGAAAGCCCUGUGCAUGACACGAGAGGAGAGAAUAGAUCAGUACACCUUCAUCUACGUAGACCCUGAAAGCUCUCCUGAAAACAAAAAGACAGUCCAAAGUACCAAAAGGAGUAGGAGGUCCACGUCAAGUAGUGAGGCAGAACCUGCACGUCCACCAGAAGUUACUCACUCUCCUAUUGUACGGCAGGCAACUCCUCCACAGCCUUUAAUAUCAAAGGACAUUAAAGACUCUGUACCUGAAACGCGGAGGCAGAGCCAGAGAAAACAGGUUCAGGAAGAGGAACCGCCACCCCAGCCCCCUCCAGCUAAAAUUCCAUGGAAGACGGCAGCUGCCCGCAAGUCGCUUCCUGCUUCACUUCUAUUACACAAGGGCACAAUUGACCUUCAGAAGUGCAAUAUGUCACCUGUGGUGAAAAUAGAAAACGUCUUAGCUCUUCAGAAUGCGUCUUCUGAUGGUUUUGAUCAGUUCAUAUACACAACUAAGGGUGUUGGUAACAAAACAGAAAUCACAGUUAAAGCUCCAGAAAAGACGUCUGCACCCUCCCCCAACUUGAAGGCCGAGAAAACAUCAGCACAAUACACGCCUGCUCCCGAAACCUCAUCGGGGGCCACAGGAACCUCAGAGAAGAAACACCAGAGAAGGUCUAAUCGGACUCGCUCGGAAUCUGAGAAGUCCCUGGACUCAGUGCCAAAGAAGAAGGUGAAGAAAGAGCAGGUGGAUGUCACUCCCCUAACAUCAAUACAGACAGGAUUGCAAAAGGGGGCCAGUGAGAUCUCCGAUGCAUGCAAGCCGCUAAAGAAGAGAAGCCGGGCCUCUACUGACUUGGAACUUGCAAACUCCUCCUACCGCGAUGCGUCAGACUCUGACUCCCGUGGCCUGAAUGAUGCACAGAUCAGUUUUGAGAAGCAGUUGGACAGCCCAUCAGCUGCCGCUGAUGCGGACGCCUCUGAUGUCCAGUCUGUGGAUUCCAGCGUAUCUCGGAGGUCAAGCAAAAGAGACACCGUGUGUCAGAUUUGUGAACAUUUUGGGGAGUCGCUGGUCUCUUGCGAUGGAGAUUGCUCUCGUCUCUUUCAUCUGGAGUGCCUGGGGAUGGAUAUAUUACCAGAUGGAAAGUUUGUCUGCAUGGAAUGUAAAACAGGGCUCCACACCUGCUUCUCCUGCAAGAUACCCAGCACCAGCGUAAAGCGCUGCUCUGUGCCAUCAUGUGGCAAGUUCUACCAUGAAGCUUGUGCACGGCAAUAUUCUGCAACAGUCUUCGAUUCCAGGGGCUUCCGGUGCCCACAUCACUGCUGUAGUUCGUGUACUGCUGACAAAGACCUCUACCGAGCUAGCAAAGGGCGCAUGUUACGCUGUGUGCGGUGCCCUGUGGCAUAUCACAGUGGAGACAGCUGUGUGGCUGCAGGCAGCCUUAUUCUCUCUUUUAGUCUCAUCAUUUGCAGCAACCAUUCCAAACGCAGCGGGCAUUCAUCCUGCGCUGUUAACGUGAGCUUCUGCUUCGUGUGUGCUCGAGGGCUGAUAGUUCAGGAUUAUACCCUGGUCAGUUCUAUGUCCUUUAAGUCCCACUUUCUACUGAAUGACUCAAAGCGUGCAGAGUUGAUGAAAAUACCUAUGAUUCCUUCUUCCUCGCCAGCUUUCCUAAAGAAAUCUGAGAAAGGAGGUGGCAAACUGCUCUGCUGCGAGUCCUGUCCAGCUGCCUUCCACCCCUCGUGUCUGAACAUGGAGAUGCCACAGGGAUCUUGGAGCUGCAAUGAUUGCAGGACGGGCAAGAAGCUACACUACAAGCAGAUCGUAUGGGUUAAGCUUGGAAACUACAGGUGGUGGCCGGCUGAGAUUUGCAAUCCAAGGUCUGUUCCGCUCAAUAUCCAGGGACUGAAACAUGACAUAGGGGAUUUCCCAGUCUUCUUCUUCGGUUCCCAUGAUUAUUACUGGGUGCAUCAGGGCCGUGUGUUCCCCUAUGUAGAAGGAGACAAGAGCUUUGCAGAGGGACAGACCAGUAUUAAUAAAACAUUCAAGAAAGCCCUGGAAGAGGCCGCCAAAAGAUUCCAUGAAUUGAAGGCUCAGCGGGAGAGUAAAGAAGCUCUGGAGGUAGAGCGUAACUCCAGAAAGCCUCCCCCGUACAAGCACAUCAAGACCAAUAAAGCCGUGGGGAAAGUUCAGAUCCAGUUGGCUGAUGUGUCUGAAAUACCUCGUUGUAACUGUCGUCCCACUGAUGAUGCCCCCUGUGGUCUGGACACAGAGUGCCUGAACCGCAUGUUGCUGUAUGAGUGUCACCCACAGGCGUGCCCUGCCGGUGAGCGCUGCCAAAACCAGAGCUUUACCAAACGGCUCUAUCCAGAGGCUGAGAUCUUCCGCACAGACAGGAGAGGCUGGGGUCUCGUCUGCAAAAGGGAGAUCCGCAAGGGUGAGUUUGUGAAUGAAUAUGUGGGUGAGCUGAUCGAUGAGGAGGAGUGCAGGCAGCGCAUGAAACGAGCCCAUGAAAACGGAAUCACCAACUUUUACUUGUUGACAGUCACCAAGGAUCGCAUCAUAGAUGCCGGCCCCAAGGGAAAUUACUCACGGUUCAUGAACCACAGCUGUAACCCCAACUGUGAAACUCAGAAGUGGACGGUAAAUGGCGACAUCAGAGUCGGGCUGUUUGCACUUUGUGACAUACCUCAAGGCACCGAGUUAACAUUUAACUAUAAUCUUGACUGUUUGGGGAAUGGUCGGACGGAGUGUCAUUGUGGAGCAGAUAACUGCAGUGGUUUCUUGGGAGUACGACCAAAAACGGCAUUUGCCACAGCAACAGAAGAAAAGGCCAAAAAUGCUCGUCUGAAGGCAAAAAAGCGAAAAAUCAAAACUGAGCAGAAGCAGAUGCACGAAGAUUUCUGUUUCCGCUGUGGUGAUGGAGGGGAACUGGUGAUGUGCGAUAAGAGAGACUGUCCAAAAGCUUAUCACCUCCUCUGCCUUAACCUUACACAGCCUCCAUACGGAAAGUGGGAUUGCCCGUGGCACCAGUGUGACAAGUGUGGGACUGCCUCUUCCUCGUUCUGUGACUUCUGUCCUUCUUCUUUCUGCAAGGAGCAUGAGAAAGGAUCAUUGAUGGCCUCAGCCCUAGAGGGUCGUCUGUGCUGCUCUGAACACGACCCCAAACGCCCCUUGUGCUAUGGCGAUAAGAAGAAAUUUAAGUGUAAAAUAGAGUGUGAGGACUCCUCGUUUUCAGCACAGUUCUAAAGGAGAUGCUGUUCUUACAGCUAAAGACUCAUCCUGUCAGAACAACGUGACUCUUCUUUGUAUAGUUGGUGGGGGCGUGGAACGCACACAUCGUAUUUUAAUACCAGGAUUGGAUUGUAUAUGUCCUCUUAGUGUCAUUUUGUUGUUCCUGGAAACCUCCUUUACUUUUUUAUCUUAAUAGUGAAAUCCUUAUCCCUCUUUACCCAACGGUUGUGGUAAGCAAGUUGUAUUUAUUAUAUUUAUUAUAUUUUUUAUUUUUAUCUGGAUCAUGAACUAAUGUGACUCGGGCAACCAAUUUCACAGAACAAGUGUUAAAGAAAAGACAGUGAAAGUCCAUCGGUCUCUGCGUCCUUUUCUGAAGUGUCAUUAUACCCUGAUGUCUUCUAGAGUAUUCCUAGCAUUGCUUUCAAUGGGAUUUAAAGGCAGCUGUUGUCUCUUAAAGGAUGUAAGUUGAAAUUCAACAGGUUAUUAACUCCUCCUAGUCUAAAAGUACAAUGGUUUCCCCUUUAUAUGUCGGCUCAUCAGGAUACACAGUGAUUUUGCUCCCUGGGACUGCUUUGGCAAACUUGGUGACAUUAUAGCCUCGAUCACUCUUCUGCAGGAACUUACAAUCUCUGCACCAACAUCAUAGACCAAUGUCAUCACUCUUAAGGAAUAAGGAUAAAGAAAAAGUUAAUAUGUCUCUUAUUCUGGAUUGGCGUCCAUCUUUGUCAAUCCUAAUCGGGCAAUUUUGCCCCACCACUUCUAAAUUGUAAACAUUAAAACUGUGUGAUUGCCUUUCUAGGGAAUCAGCUAUCCUCUUAUUAUAACAAUAUCUGUCUCCGGUCACACAUGGAUGGAUAUAGCAAUUCGUCAUGCACUUAAUAUCUAUUUCUUUUUUUAGCUUGUUAUAAAAGGACAUUAAUGGAUUUUCAACAGCUUCCUGCAGCUAUUUUCUAGAGAAAUGCUGGAUGUGCCUGUACAUCUGUUGUGAGUAUUCUAGAAUAGUUCUGACCUUUCAGGAUGUCGGAAGUACAUGAAGUUGAACGGUUGUGUUUUACUCACAGUGUACAGUCACGUUAAGUAGACUCUAGUUUCUCUCGCAUUACAAUGACUGCAAGCAUAAUUACAGCCCCUUGGCCAGUGGGCGAACUAAUGGUCAUCUAAAGGUUAUGUUUUGUGCAACUUUGACACUAAGGGUCUCAGUGUGUUGUCACAUGUUAGACCCCAUCGUUCUGCCUUGAUGCUCUGUUAGACAGUUCAAAGCAGAGAAAUAAUAUCCAAGGCUCUAUUUUGCGUAUGGCAUUCAAGUCCUGCUCCCAGCCCUUUUGGGGCAGUCACAUUACAUUUUGACAGUGGUACCGCACUGUUAAAUUGCACAACAUAUAGUUAAAUCGCGAUAGGUAAAAUGUACAUGCAUGCAAACAAAUGCACAUGCUAUGUAUGUAUGUAAGAGAUACUGUUCUAAGCUCUGUGUUUUGAUCAAUUGUUUUGUUCACUGGGCUUUGGGUAUCUCCCAAUUCCAAAAUGUCUAUGGUUUUAGUAUAUCUUCCUUGCCAAGAAGGAUUUAUCUACAUUCUCACCCCAUUUUGGUGCAUCAUUGGUUUACCUACCAACAAGCGUGCAGAGGAUGUGCUUGUGUUGCAGACUGUUCAUUCAAAAAUGUAGUAGUGUUGAAAAUUAGCCCAGAAUCUGUUGAAAUCAGAAAGUCACUAUCACUAAUCAAAUGGUUUUUUUUGUUUUUGUAAUAUAGUAAAAAUCGUGAUUGUUUUGAAGGUCUAUCUUUUUUAUACCUACAUGUAUACAGGAGAUGAAAUACACAUUUGUUAGAGUAUUUUGUUAUUUGGGUACUGGUCAUGUGUUAUUUUAAUCUUCAGCAUAUGUCCCACGAACACACCCCAGGGUCUGUCCAUGUUGUGCCAAACACACCAGCUUUUGAAAUAGUGAUUUUAUUUUAUUUUCGUUGUUUUUUUUUGUGUGUUUGUUUGUGAACAUUCAGUAGGGAAAGAAAAUAAUAAAGUUUUCUAUUCGGUUGUCCAAAUUAUGUGCCAAUAAAACUAUGUAUUUACAUUAAGUGGAAAGAUUUUACAUACACUGUUAUGAUUGUUUUGUGAUGUUUUUGCUGUGCUACAGUCUGUCGCUUCCUGUAUGGUUCCAUUCAAUCCAGUAAACCCUUCAUCAUAUGAAAAUCGAUGAGAGAUGCUGCUAUUUAACAUUACUGCCAUUUUUUUUUUCUUCAUUGCAUACUAAAUUCAUCUGCUUUUUAGCAUAGUAUCUUAAAUGCAAGCAAAACAGUCCUGGCCACAUUUGUCAUAAGACAUUUUAAAUUGUGCCAAGGAAUGGAGAGUAACUGAUAAAGAGUAGACACACCUAGAAAGGAGUAUUCCCCUCAUCUUACACAGCUUUCACACCGCUAUUACCGGGUCACACCCGGGAUUUGUACGCGAGUACAUCCCAGCUGCGACCCGAUUGAGACCCAUUUCAGGCUGGCGGCAUAUUGCCAGGCUGCGUCACUUACAGAGGCGACACCUGGAGAUUGCAUCAUCUUAAAGCGCCGACUCUUCCGUGGUGUGAACGAGUGCAGGCUUACCCAGUCAUACUGCGCCGCAACCCGGGUUAAAGCCAUGUUCAACCCUGGUCGUUACCAGAGUUGAAAUACCAGGUCGCUUGAGCCAGAUUUUUUUCAGUUGGACCCUUUCAGACAACGCGCUCACGUGCAAUAACACAGGUUACUGCUGGCAGUCUGAAAGGGGUAUAACUUAUGCUUACUAUACGUGCAACUGUUCUGCGUAUUCAUCUUCAGAACUUACAUUGCUUUGUACAUCUCAUUCUGUAAGCCAUACUAAAUGUAUCGCUUUUUCUUUCUGGCUUCUGUCUGUGCUUUUCACACCAGUACAGCAUCAGGCAUACAUGUUUCUUUCUGUUACUUCGGAAUAAGACUCCUCAGCUGUUCUCUGUGAAUCGAUCCAGUUCAGGGAGCACAUAUGAAGUGUCUUUACGGUAUUCAAAGGCAAUCUACAUAAACUGCUCAUAGACAGGAUUAUCCAUUUGACUGUGUAAUUUCGGCCCAAAAAAUUCCUGUGGACCUCACACCCAAUUUUUAAUUACCGCGGGUAUGCGCCCUCCUGAUACCCACGCUAUUCAAUUGAAGAAAAAAAAAGUGGGCGCAACAUUUUUUCAGCCAAAACCCAGUGGGAAAUAGAAAAAGAUAAAAUAAAAUUUGAGGGGAAAAGCAAAAAAGAAAAAAAAAAUAUUAGGUAAGUCAAAUGAAAAAAAAGGAAAACAAUUUCCUUUAAUUACAAACAAUAUAUGCAAAAAAGUGAUUUGGUCGUAAUUUUCAGCCAUUUUAGAGUUAAAAAAAAAUAUGUGAAAAAAAGAUUUAAAGCAGUUUUUUUUUUUUUUGGGGUGGGGGGGUUUAAAUAUACAGUAUUUUGGUGCAUAAACAUUAUAAAGUUUAUUGGGGGGUAUUUUGAGGAGUUUUUUUUUCUCACCUUAACAUUGACAUGUAAUUAUUUGACCAAUUAGGCUCAUUUAAAACUUCCACUAGCCUAAUUAGUCAUUGGGGGAGGGGGAGGGGGUGUCCAAGUGGUUCUGAAGGGGGUCACUAACAUUUUGACCUUUAAAUGUGGUAUUUAACAUUUUAGGAGGUUGUGAGAAAAAAACUGCUGUAAUUUCUAUAAAAGUUGCCACAACUGAUUUUGUAGAUGGAAAUUGAAUAGGAAAACCUUCAUGGCUGUGGGAAAAACCCAGUGCAAGUUUUUCAAAAUUUUGCCUGCAAUUGGAUAGGCCAUAGGGUCUGAUGUAGAGUUGAUCAUAAUUGUGUACAGAAGGCGAAUAUACACAAUUGACUGCGGCUAUGACUCCCAGAGUACGGAUACGGGCAGUCAAGCCACAUCUCUGCCCCUAUCCGUACUCUGGGUGUCAUAGCCGCAGUCCUCAUCAUUGCGCACUUCUACUAAUCUUAUACCAGGGGCAAAAGAUGCCUCUGAAAACAGCAGGUACCUGUAAGUAAGUCUAUGCAGAACUCUUCCCGACCCGCAAUACCGCCCUCUCUGAAAUCUUCCUACAUGUGAGUGCCGGGUUACCACCCAGUUAUUCCUCCAUCAGUGCGGAUGCCAGUGAGUUAUGUGCAGCUCUACAUCCCCAUACCUGUGUACGCUUUACCCCAGAGACUGCGCAGUGUCACGCAACUCUGCAUCAGACCCAUAGAGGCAUGCCAGAAAUGUAUAGAAAAAAACCCAAGCGAUAAAACAAUGUUUCUUUAUCGUCCACUCGGGGGCACAGGAGAAGGCUUAAAACUGGGUAUAACAAAUUGUCCAGGGUUUAUGGAAACACAUACACUACAAUUGUCUGAAAGCAGAAAACACUUUACUAUCUAUUAAAUUUAUUAUAUAAUUUUUUUUUAAUGUUUUAUCUAUUACAAGCUUUAUAUACAGUCCUCCAUCUUGUGUCUGUUCUCUUUCGCUUCCAUGACUACCGUAUGUGUAACUUGUGCUUUGUAUUUGUCAUGCAGAGGCAUUUGCUCCGAACUUUAUCACUAUUCCGGGCGUUAAUCGCCCUUUUCUGUAUCACACAUGUAAACGAUAAAUGAUGAUCAUGUUAAGUACAAAUAAUAAUAAUAUGAUGAUGAUGAGACUUAUCACUUGCACUUGUUAAUAUGGUGUAACGGUUGCAGAUACAUUAUGUUAUAUAUAUAUAUAACCGUAAUGUCAAUAGGGAGACUGUACACUCCCACCUACAUUGUAUGGCUCAGCAUAGGGAUAACUUUAACUCUCCCAUAUCCAUCCUUAUACUCCUUGUAUUUUCAAUAAAUCCCUCUAUCAUUUAAAUGGAGUGCGGUCUCUCUCUCUCUCUUAUAUGUAGGGCUACCCGGUGGGCCCACAGUGAGCCUGCUGCUUUUUCCGUGUGCUUAUGUAAAUCCUGCACUCAAUCCAUUUUUACAUAGGAAGCUUAGGGGUCCAUGUACUAAGUCUUGGCGUGAGGUAAAGUACCAGCCAAUCAGCUGCUAACUGUCAUUUGUCAAACACAGCCUGUAACAUGGAAGUUAGGAGCGAAUUGACUGGUACUUUAUCUCCGUCCACUUUAUCUCUCUCCAUGGCUCAGUAAAUAAACCCUUAAUCAGCAGAUCACUUGUGGGCGGCACCCUGUCACUCAGCGACAGACCCCGUUCUCCAGUCAACUACACAGCUUUGUGCCGAGUUCUUGGUAGUUCUCAUUCAUUUACACAAGUACCAUUUUUAAUGCACUCCCAAUAUUGCCAAUUCUAUUGCAAUAUAUAACAAGAAGCUUAAGUGUCCACUUUUCCUUUUAGUAGGAAACUGGCAUUGUCUUCUUUUAGAGGGUGUCUCACAACACUAGUGGGAUACACUUUUCUAGCUGUAAAAAGCACAAUAUGCUGGACACUAGUGGUGACUGCUGGUCACUGAGACAGAUUGCGGGAGAUGACGGCUUCUUCCCUGUCUGACUGGAGCAGUUGUGCUCUAACAAUGCUAUAUGCAGGGUCUUAGGAGUGACUCAUUACUGUGUAACACCAGAGCAGUGUUUCUCCCUCACUUUAGUGUCAGCACAGCAACAAUUUAGGUCUUAAGAACACCUCACCUUGCAAUUUUUGGACUUUGAUCACACAAGUGUUGCUCUGUGAUAACAUCCUUCAAUUGUUUUGUUUAAAGCAGAAAUCCCACAUACAUGCAUUUGAGUUCUUUACUAACAGUAGCAAGCAAAGUACCUUUUAAGUUUACUGUUUAUAAUUAUUUUCUUUAGCUAUACUAUACAAAUCAUAUACCUUUUAUAAGAUUAAAUUCUUGCUGGGGGGAAAACCUUAGUAUGGCUGCUAGAUGUAGGCAGGGUCCCUUUGGUACACAAAUACAGACUCUCAGCAUGUCACGUGAUUGCAGAGAGGAAAGGAUUUUACAGUGUGACUAGAGCUGAGAGAGGUGCUUCAUGGCAUCUCUGCUCAAUACAUCAUGUGACUGGUUGCAUGGUAGCCUCUUGACAAUGAAAAAUCUGCAGAAUGAUUAAUCAUUUAUAGCAUUCUCAAUAAAUAGACCAUGGGAAAAAAGGUCAUUACCAUGCUGUUUAUAGACUGCCACAUGGAUUUUAUAUAUAUAUAUAUAUAUAUAUAUAUAUAUAUUCAUAGAUUGCUACGUUAAAUUAUGGUUUUUGCCUAACAAGACCAUGGAACACAGAGAUUACAUAAAAAUGCAUUACCUUAAUACUCGUAGUGACACUCAUUUGCUUUAUUCUUUGGUGACCUGUUGAUAUCCUGAACAGUGGCAGUAUACUGCACUCUAGAAUCUGAUCACUGACUCCAUUCAAACCGUGUGUAAAUCAUCUUAGGGUCUGUGAAGAUGUAAACAUUUGUACAUAUGGGUUAGAAUAUACUAAAAAGGAGACUGUUGUUUAUCACUGAGCCCCUGAUAGGACCAGGUGUAUCCACAGGUAUAACACUUUUUAUAGCAUGCAUCGGGAUAUAUGUAAGUGGAUGCCGGGAAGACUUGGUAUCUAGUUAAGGACUUUUGCGCUGUAUGUUAUUGUGUAAUUAAAGUUAUUACUCUUUGCAAAUGAUGUCUUCAUUUCUGUAUUAAGCAUCUGCUGUGUGUGUGAAUACCACUACACACUAAGGAAUAUUUAUAAAAAACAAAAGUGUUGUGUCUCUAUGGUGGAGUUACUGCCUUUUGUGCAACGUCUUGGUCUUUUUUUCAGGGUAUAAAUGUCUACCCUAUUUUCCAACAAGGGACUGGGUUGCCAUCUAAAGUAGCUGUGUUUUUUUUGAAAGAUGAACUAUAAUAGUUAUAGACAAAAGUAGGAAUAAAAAAAGAUAAGCCCAUUUUUAUUUAAUAUAUGUAACAUAUACUUGUUUUUAUUUUGUUGUGGGUUUAUUUUUUUAUUUUACAAAUGAUAAUUUCAAAACACUUCGCAUAAAUAUCUCAUUUUUGUUUAUAAAUGUUUCCACAAAAGUUUUUAAAUAACACCAUGGCAACUGUAAGCUUUUAUUUUACUCCUUUCUGCACUGUAAAGAUGAAGUAAAUGUAUGGCUUUAACCAUGGAGUCUUGGUUGUGCGAUUAUUCCUACCUCUUGAUGCUUGGUCCCAGGGGAAGCAGUGUGUCCUGUACAUACAUUGUAAUAUUUUUACAUCAAAGUUUACUUGUAGCUUAACGAGGGUCUAUCAAUGAAAGUUUGUUACUUGUGCAUUAUCCUUAUUGUGUAUAUUUGUAGGUUUACGGUGGGACUAGUGGCUAAUGGGAAAUUAAAUUAAAUUCUAUAGUUUCCUUGAUGCCGCUACUUGUAAACUAUUUAGCUUGUUCUUUAUCCUUGAUAAGGUACAGUUUGACCAGUCUACAACCUGCAUAUGGUGUUUGCAGCCAUUUUUGAGUUGAAUUAAUGUUUAACCAAUUGCUAGUUGCCUAACUGAGGCAUGUGGCACAAUAGGCUUCAUUGAUGAUACUGGUCCCAGUGAACUAAGAGGCUCCAUUCUUUUACAUUUUAGUCCAUCCUGUAAGGUAUGCCGCCGUUGUGAAUGGAUGACAGAUAUACUUUAAUUGCACCGGAAAGAUCCAUAAUGUUCUACCUAUCUUAAUAACGAAUCUAAACAAAAUUAAAUUUUUGUUAUAUGUUUGUGUUCAAAUAUGUUACAUGGUUUUCUUCUGUUAAAAUAUAUAUAUAUUUUUAUAUUUUUUCUUAGUCAGAUUUUUACUUUGAUAUCUGAAUCGUUUCUUUUUAUCACCAUGGUGGUCCAGUAAAACUACCAUUUUAGCGUAGGUGUAUGGAAUGCCUGCCAAGUGUUAAUAUUUUAAAUUUCUCUGUACUAAGUACCUUUUUGUUUUUGUUUAAAGCGGGUAGCAUUUCUAAAGCCGCAAACUAACAAAAGAACACAAUAAAAAAAGUCAUAUAUUGCAUUGUUGUGCAUUUAUUUUUUAUACACCUAUUGUACAUGUUUAAGAAUUUUCCAUUUCCUAAAUAACAUUGCCACCUUUACCUUUAACAAUGUGUGUGUGUGUAUAUGUAUAUAUAUAUAUGUAUAUAUAUAUAUAUAUAUAUAUAUAUAUAUAUAUAUAUAUAAUGUUAUGUAUAUGUAAGUUUAUCCAGGACACUCUAAAAAGUUGGCAGCCUGUUGGACAUUGUGGAUUAUAGAAACUUUAAUUUACAUGAUGAUGUAUCCUGAGUUUAGUAAACUAAAUCACAAAUUAAGUGGAUAUUUUCUGUAAUUAUGACUUGAUGUGACCACAUUAAAAUUCGGAUGUACAGGUUGCGUGGUUUUCAUUUUUUGUUAUUUUUGUUUUAAUUCUUUUUGCAAAGUGUUAAUCAUCUGCGCUUUUUUUUUUACUAUAUAUAUUUGUUUUAUUAUGUUAGUCCCACAUAAGAUUAAAUUAGUGAGGCUGAUGAGUUUUUGGCGAUACAUGUUUGUAGUUAAUGCAGGUUAAAUUGUAUUGGUGUUUAUGAGUCGUUUUUUGAAACUUGAAAACGGACUGUAGACUUUACAAGUUAAGAAUCACUUAUUUAUUUUCCAGCCUUCAAUGUACUGUAGGCAUAUGAACAGCUAGUUAUAAGCACAACCUUUAGUUUGUCCUACAAUGUACCUUUACGAGCAACACUUGUUUUAAGGUUUUGCUGCUGUCAUUAGGGACUGGUACACACGGACAUUAUUUUAAAACUUUAAUGCAUGUUCAAAAAUACUUAAAUGCACUAUUAAAUAUGUAAUCCAAUGAAUCUGUAGGUGCACACAUAUUUUCAAGCAUUUGGUUUAUGUCAUUGCCUGCAGUUUUCAAAAACAUUUAAACUCUACAGAGUUAAUAACUUAAAACAUUGUUAACAAAUGUGCACCUAAAGCUCUACUAAGGCAAAGAGAAAUGUAAAAGGUCUUAAGUAGCAUUAUGUUCAGUGCCUUGUGUACGAGCCCUAGGACAAACCUCUUAUCAUUUCACAGUAUCAUUUAUGAAACCCAAGUUUAAUUGGUUCUCCCAUUCAGGUCAUGAAAUUAAUGUUAUAAAACUGGAAUAAAGUUAUUUACAAAUUUUACAUGCCAUUUAUUUUGUCUCAUUCUUGGUAUUUUAGAGGGCACUUUAUGUCAGGUAGUAAUGUUUUAUAAACCUCUAUGGAGACUGCACUUUAAUGCUUGUAAUCCUUCCCUCUGUCUUCUGUGUGCUACAGAUUGUGAAAGUCGGUGUACAUUUCUGUACUAAAACCAAGAAACUCCUAUUGUAUAAAUGCUUAGAUACAUGGUGUUGAUGAUCAGCUUAUAAACACAUCAGUUGUUAUUAAUCCUUAGUCUUAAGUGGGACUGACAAAUGUAUACUGUAUAUAUUUAUAUAUAUGUACAUAGAACAAGCAAAUAUUACACUAACCAUUUUAGAAAUAGCUGUACCACUUUAGCUACUCACUGAAUGUCUGCAAAUCGUUUUUUUGUACAUUAAAUUACAUUGCCUAUAUUAUUGUUUUGGUUUUUUUUACUUUUAUGGACAAAUGUUUUAAAUGUGUUUUAGCUGUUCGAAUAUCAAAGGAAAAACAGGAAAAAAAAGUUUUUUAUGACAUUCCGCUGAUUUCAAAGUUUGCUUGUUGACUUCAAUAAAAAUUGUUGUGAAUGUCUGGA